UAUCAGGCUUAGCAACCAAGUGUAUGUACGUACAUACCAACUUCGUACGUGUUAGACGUGCUAAAUUAAUUGUGCUUUGGUUCGGUUUAUAGGAUGACGGGUAGAGACAGAAUCAGUGAGUUGGCAGGCAAUGUUGUGGAGCACAUCCUGACGUUUCUGCCCAUACGAGAAGCAGCAAAGACAAGUGUUCUGUCAAGUGAAUGGCUGAACAUUUGGAUGAACAUGCCCUCCCUUGUUUUCGAUGACAAAUUUUUUGAAAUUAGGUAUUAGAGCAGAAAUUGGUGGAAACCCGCAAGGGAUUCUGGUGCCUCAAAGGGCGUAUAUAUAUCAAAGUCUAAAAGCAUCCGUACAAGAUUAAGCUCUGUUUUAACGGUAACAAACUGCAAAUCAAACUUUCUACGAAUAAGAACAAGACAGCUGUACAACUACAGUAAAAUCGGAAGAGGUGAAACGCUUAAGUGAGACGACGACGUCUUGGUUCAGCUCCUCAAUUGCUUCUGUGGAAAACGACUCCGUAUCACAAGCUCAUUAAGCUUCCACCAUGGUUCGAAUCAAUCCAUCUCUUCUCUCCUUCUUCUUCAGUUCUGUAUUCAAACUGUAAUACCCUCCCUCAAGCUGACAUAUACAUGUUGUAUAUGUUCAGCUUGGAUAACAAGAACUGAAGUCUAUAUCUGCUAAACCCCUUAGUGAAUAGAUCUGCAACUUGAUUUUCAUUGUCAAGGUGACUUAGACUGAUGAGCUUGGAUUGUAAGAAUUGUUGAACCACAUGUCAAUCGAUCUCUAUGUGCUUCAUCCUUUCGUGGAACACAGGGUUCUCGGCUAUGUAUAUAGCAGAUCGAUUGUCACAGUAGAGAUGCACAGGUUGUGAAUGAACAAUGGAUAGCUCCUGUAACAGUCUCUUUACCCAAACAACUUCACAAGUGAGUUGAGCAAGAGCUCUGUACUCAGCCUCAGGGAAGAACGGGAAACAGUUCCCUACUUCUUAGAUUUCCAAAUAAUUAGGGAUUUUCCAAGCGAAAUGCAGUAACCAGUGGUGGACCUUCUAGUAUAUGGACAUGAUGCCCAAUCAGAGUCACAAUACCCUCUAAGAAUAAGAUCAGAUUGUGCUGGAUAGAGUAAGCCCUGACCUGGUGCAUUCUUCAAAUACUUAAGGAUCCUGUAUGCAAGCUGUAGAUGUGAUGAUGUAGGAGCAUUCUGAUGCUGACACAGUUGCUGAACAACAAAGGUGAUCUCAGGACGAGUGAUAGUAAGGUAGUGAAAUCUAACAAUGAUCUUCCUGUACAAGCUAGGGUCAUCAAGAAGAGGGCCAUCAUCUGCACACAGAUAUGUCUUCAUGUCAAUUGGGGUAACCACUGGCUUGCAAUCAGCAAAACCAGUGUCCUGCAGCAGAUCAAUACAGUACUUGCGUUGGCAUAAAUGUAAACCCUCCCUUGAUCUAGCAAUCUCUAAACCCAGGAAGUAGUGGAGAGUGCCUAGAUCACAGAUUUUGAACUGAGUCUUGAGAAAUGCUUUCAAAGCCACCAUGACCUGAACAUCAUCACCUGCUAUGAUGAUAUCAUCAACAUAGACUAACAAAACUGAAGUACCAUCUUUCCCAUGAUGUGUAAAGAGAGAAUAAUCACUAGUGGACUGAGAAUAACCAAAAGUGAUCAGAGAUGAUGUCAACUUGGAAAACCAUUGACGAGAAGCCUGGUUUAACCCAUACAAAGACUUCUUAAGUUUGCAUACAUGACCUGGUUGAGUGAAACCAGGUGGUAAAUCCAUGUAAACCUCUUCUUCGAGAUCUCCAUGCAAAAAUGCAUUACUAACAUCUAACUGAGACAUGUUCCAAUUCUUAGCAGAAGCAAUGGCAAGAAGAGUUUUGACAGUGUUCAGCUUUGCAACAGGGGAAUAGGUAUCCAAGAAGUCAAUACCAUAUAUUUGUGUGUAGCCCUUAUCUACCAAGCGUUCCUUGUACCUUUCCACUGAUCCAUCAGGAUUGAACUUGAUGGUGAACACCCAUCUAGUCCCAAUCGGUCUUUUCCCUUCAGGACAUGGAACAACAUCCCAAGUAUUGUUAGCUAACAAAGCUUUAAUUUCCAGAAUCAUGGCAUCCCUCCACCUGUUGUCCUGCAUUGCUUCCUCAAAAGAUCCUGGUAUCCAAUGUGAAUCCACAGCGCAAACAUACUUUCUAUAUCCCAAUGACAGUUGAUCAUAGGAAAGGCAAGCAACCAAUGGAUAGAUAUGUUUACCAGUGUUAGUUUUCAAAUUAAGAACAUAAUCAUCAUAUUUGACUGGUUGUGUAAUAUGUCUUGGUUGUUUUCUGAGGGCUAUAGGAAGAGUAUGUGAAGAAGAGGGAUUCAUGUUUGGAGGUGAGGAAGGGGAAGGUGAGGAAUUGGUCACAUGAGGAGUGGAUUUUGUAUUGAUAUCUGGAAAAGGAAGUGGAGAAGUAGUCUCCAAAGGUGUAGAAGGAGGUGUAGAGGGUAAAGGAGAAGAGUUCUCCAAAGGCUCCUAGUCAGGUGGUAGUUGGAAAGGAAUGUGAGUAAUUGUGUGGUUUGAUGGUGGGAAAAAGGGGGAACCAGAAGUUGAUGGGAUAGAAGUUGGUUCAGGAGAAGAAGAAGGGGAAGGAACUGAAACAUUCUGGUUUUGAAGGCAAGGUAUAAUGUGUUCAUGGAACACAACAUGUCUGGAAACUAUAACCUUCUGGUCUGUAAGGUCAUAUAAUUUGUAACCCUUAAUGCCUGGUGGAUAACCAAGGAACACACAAGGUUUAGAUCUAGGUUAAAACUUUGUUCUGUUGUGCAUCAAAGUGCUGGCAUAUCCAAGGCAUCCAAAAACUCUAAGAUGGGAUAAGUCAGGUGGUGAACCAUAGAGAAGUUCAUAGGGUGUUUUGUUAUCAAGGGCCACUGUAAGAAGUCUGUUAAUGAGAAAACCAGCAUGGAGUACAAAAUCAUACCAAAAUUUAAGAGGUAAUCCAGACUGGAACUUCAAGGCCCUAGCAACAUUCAGAAUAUGUUGAUGUUUUCUCUCAACUCUGGCAUUUUGUUGUGGUGUUUCAACACAUGACAUCUGGUGUAUGAUGCCAUGUUGAGAGUAAAACUGAGGAAUGUGAAAUUCUGCUCCUUGAUCUGAUCUAACAACCUGGACUUGUUUUCCAUACUGAGACUUAAUCAUAACACAGUAAUCAUGCAGUAGGUUUCUAGCCUCACUCUUGUGUCUCAUAAGAUAGACCCAAACACACCUUGACUUGUCAUCAACAAUAGUUAGAAAGUAUUGAAAUCCAUUGUAGCUAGAAAUGGCUAAAGGCCCCCAAAUGUCUACAUGAAUGAGCCCAAAAAUGCUCUUUGCCACAGACUGGCUUGAAGGAAAAGGUAAGUGUUUCUGUUUGGAAAUAUGAAAAACUUCACAAUGUGAAAAAGCUUCUAUAACUAUGUUUGGACAAGUCUUCUGUAGCUCUUUAGCUCGAAAAUUUGAAGGGUGACCAAGCCUCCAGUGCCAUAAAUCAAAGGAUUGUGGUGUAAAAUUCUGCGUUCUGAUGGAAUUCACAUGAGUGGUAUGAUAUGGAAAGUUGGUAUAGGCCUCUAGUCUCUCUGGAAAAACCAAUCCUCUUCAUGGAUUGAAGGUCCUGGAUAUGACAAAGGUUGGAUUCAAAGGUAAGUGAUACUGGUAUUGACUUGGUUAACUUGCUAAGUGAAAUGAGGUUGAAAGAAAAUGUAGGUACAAAUAGCACCUCAUGAAUGACUAAUCCAGAAUCAAACUUAACACUACCAGAGUGAGUUGCUGGUGUUUAUAUCCAUUUGGUAGGGUUAUGGAAGUGUUCUGGAUAGGGACAUAUUUAACAAAAUUGGACAAUGAACAAGUCACAUGGUCUGUUGCCCCAGUAUCUAAAAACCAAACACUGGCAAACUCCAUUGGGUGCUUUAGAAAGUAUGUUGAUAGUGUGUAUUUACCUGAGGAAUUAGGAUUAACAGACAAAUGCCUGCUAACUAAGUUCACCAAGGGUGUUUGUUUCUGAUUGAUGAUAUUAGGUGCUUCUCCUAGAGAUACAGGAGAUGCGGGAGAUGUUGGAGGGCUGAACUGGUGAAGAAGUUUCUGCAAUCGACUGAGGUCAUCAUGAGAAAGCCUGAUAUUGGUGUAGUUGUCACCACUCUCUGAUGCUACCCUCGUUUCAGGUCUAGAUUUAAUCCCAGAUCCAGAACUGUCAGCCCCUUGAACUUGCCCAGCAAACCUAGAACUUCCUCCUUGUUCCUUGUUCUUUCUCUUUAACUUAUAACAAUCAGCAAUAACAUGAUUGUCUUUCUUGCAAUAUCUGCAGAAAAGACCUCCUUUGGCAUUGGUAUUCUCCUUCCCUCUAGACUUGUUUGCUGCAAGUAAAGCAACUAAGUCUACCUGUGCCUCAGGACUAGGUUUAGCAACCCGCCUCUCAUGCUGUAUAGCAUAAUGGAAAGAAGUCUCCAUUGAAGGAAAAGGUUGCAUCAUAAGCAGAUUCGUCUUAACUCCACUGUAGGCAUCAUUAAGACCAGUAAUAAAACGAGUAACAAACUCAUUUUCCCUAUACUUCUUCCCUGUGGUUUCAGUAAUGCAAGGUAUGGUAGGGUUCCUAUUCUCUCCCCCCCCCCCCCCCCAACAACAAGCACACUCAGGAAUAGGUAAAAACUGGACUAGUUCUUCCCAAAAACCUUUCAGAUCUGAAUAGAACUGGUUCAGAGAUCUAUUACCUUGUUUGACAGUGUAGAGAGCAGUUUGUAGAUCUGUAAUCCUGAUGUUGUCUGCUUGUCCAAAACACUGUCUAAGGUCUUCUCAAAGCAGCCUUGCAUUGUCCUGAGAUGACACACUAUGAACCAAACUUAGAUCCAGAUAUCCCAAGAUAAUGAAGUAUACAGUUGUAUUACUUUGCUUUCAAGCUGCAUAGCCUUCAUCAGUGGGUGGUGGAGCUGGAAUGGCUCCAGUAAUAAACCCAAGUUUGUUCUUACUCUUGAGAGCCACUCGCACAAUCCUGCUCCAGAGGUUGUAGUUUGUUGUUCCAGAAAGUUUGAUAGGAAAGACCAAUGAUUCAUUAGGGUUUAUGUAGAAUGGGUUUGUAACUGUGCCCGUGGAAGGGACAGAGAAUGAGCUAGAGCUCACAGAAGAAGAAGAAGAAUUGGGGUUAGUAGACAUUGUUGGUGUAUGCAAUUGAGAAUCAAGAAUGCGGGGUUGGACUGGGUGAUGAAACCCUAGAUGAGCCAACCAGGCUCUGAUACCAUAUGAAAUUAGGUAUUAGAGCAGAAAUUGGUGGAAACCCGCAAGAGAUUCUGGUGCCUCAAAGGGUGUAUAUAUAUCAAAGUCUAAAAGCAUCUAUACAAGUUUAAGCUCUGUUUUAACGGUAACAAACUUCAAAUCAAACUAUCUACAAAUAAGAACAAGACAUCUGUACAACUACAGUAAAAUUGAAAGAGGUGAAACACUUAAGUGAGACGACGACGUCUUGGCUCAGCUCCUCAAUUGCUUCUGAGGAAAACGACUCCGUAUCACAAGCUCAUUAAGCUUCCACCAUGGUUCGAAUCAAUCCAGCUCUUCUCUCCUUCUUCUUUAGUUCUGUAUUCAAACUGUAAUAAAUUUGGUAUGGUAGUGAACCCAGUUGCAGGGGAACUAGCAUCAGCUGCCAACAGCAAACUGAUGUUGAACGUUUUCUACGUCCUUAUGCGCCACCGUGCUUGCCUGAACAACUUCUCCCUCUUGAUCUCCGAUCUAAGAAGCGCGUUUCCCGACCAUCGGAUCGGCCAAAUCAUCGGCUCUCUGACCGACCGACGCUUCGAGUCCCUGUCCAUUGACAUCAAAGACCAUGUGCUGCCGAGGUGCAUUUUCUCCUUGGCCCGGCUCAAGAACUUGAAACUGUGUGGCUGCCAGUUCAGAUCCUCCAACGUGGCAUUCGACUGCGCUGAGCUAGAUGUUUUCGAGCUUCGAGGUUUGGCUGUACCAAAAAUUGGCGGUGGUGAAGAAGCUCGUUUCAGCUUUAACCGCCCGUCGCUUUCUGCAUUGACCAUGGUAGGCUGUGACGAUUUCUACGACAAGAUUAGCAUCGUCAUCGAGGCUCCAAAACUCGAAUAUUUUCGUGAUGCGGGGAGCUCCAGCUUGCUGGAGUUCAAGCAUACUCCCCUCCUCAAAAUUGUGCAUGUUCAUCAAGAUAUCAGCUUCUUUGAGGACAAAGGAUACUUUAACAUGUCGAGAUUUACAAACGGCCUUCCAGCAGUGGAGCAGCUUUCUCUGUCUGGUUAUUUCUACAACAUUGGGAAGCAACACAUAUCUGCUGCCGUAGACGACUGUGAUCCAAAGCUUAUAAAUGACAACAAAAGUAGCUGGCCGAAACUCAACCGCAUGAAGAUGGAGCAAUUUGAGGCUACAAAGUUGGAUAUGGCUUUUGUACGAUCCUUGUUGGCCGCAUCACCAGCACUUGACAAGAUGGAAAUCGAGUUUUCAGCCCGCCAUGGACUUCAAGAUCGCUGGUGAGUUGUAAAGAAAUGUUGGAAUUCGCACGGGCGUCGCCAACCGCCCAAAUCACAAUCAAGUAACUCAUUAAUUAUAGCCGACUCCAAUCUUAUCAUGCUUCGAUGUCCAUCAAAACUUUGUGCACUAGAGAGAUGGGCAUGUGUCCAUUGCUUAAUUAGCACACAAAUUUUGGACCCUUUAUUUUACAUUCUUAAUGAAACUUGAAUUCAUUC